AUGUACAUGUGUGUUUCUAGUGAAAGAAAAUUGAUGAAUGAGUACAGGCAGCUACCUCCUUCAGGACCAAGGAAACUUACUCCCGAAAUGCAAAGCUCGCUAGACGCAGCAGAUAAACCAACAAAACGAGGGAAGAAGCCUGAAAGAAAAGAGGAGAAGGAAGGUCAAUCCUCUAAAAAACGCAAGACCAAGAAGAAGGCACACAAGCCGAAGGCUCCUUCUUUAAGUGAUUAUGACUGCGUUCCAUCUGACCAACAGCCCGAACCAGAUUCUAGUGAUGAUGAUGUUUCUCAGCACAAGAGUUCGCUUCGAGGUAAUUCGCCUCCACCCUCACCAGUUCAUGAAGGUAACCAAACCUCACCUCCUCCUUCUCCUACACAAUUGGUUCCUAUUACCAUUGCUCCAUGCCCUCCUCCCAUCUCAUCUUCAACUACAACCUCAAUUCCAAUUCCCACCCCUUUAUUCACCGAGGUUACCACAACCACUACUACUACAACCGAACCUCAAGUUCGUGUCAACAUAUCUGAUAUUGGGGAACCUACUUCAGAAUCUGAACCCCCAAUUACCUUAAAACCUCUGUCCUCACCUCCCUCACACGAAUCUGACAUUGUUCUUGGCGGAGCAGAAAUGGAGUUUGAUUCUAUCUAUUUUAGCCCAUAUCGAGUUCAAAGCGAUGAUGAUGAUGAUGAUGACGCUCCUGUCAUCAAGAGGCAAUUAAAGAAUCUGAAUGACAAGCUUGACCAAUUGCUUUCUUCUUCCUCUUCUAAUGCAAGUGAGGCAUACUCUGAAGCUGCAAUCAAGGCUCUGUUGGCAACCUUUGUCAAGGAGCAUGACACUUCCAUUUCUAAUGUUGUUAAAGCUACAGAUGCUUCCACUUCCUCAUGCCAGAAAGCUUCUAUUGCAGUUGAAGAAUCCACCAAAGAUUGCAAGCAAGCGACCGCAAAAGUCGAAAAACUAAUUUCUUAUGCUCACGUUUUUCUUGAUUCUCUUCAAGCUGCAGCUCAGAAGAAUGCUCAAAUGGUGAAUGCUUCUGUUGAUAAUCUUACCAGCUCGCUUCAAACUGAAAAGAAGCACUUUGAGGAAGCACGUCAAGUCAUGGAGACUAACUACACUAAGCUUCAAUCAUCUAUCCAUACACAUCUUGAUAAACUCCAAGCUAAUCUAGCCAUGGAAAACAAAGUCAUUGAUGAACUGGCUCUCAAAACCACCAAAGUCAAGACUCAGGUUCUAAAGCUUACCCAGGCGCUAAAAGAAAACGAUGAACUUAAUUCAGAGGGAGAAGAUGUUAGCCACGGUCAACCACAACAACCUCCAACAAGCAAACCCAUCUCCCAACCAAAAGUCACUGCUGAACCGAAGGGUAAUGAAGCUUUGGACAGUAUGAAGGACAAACGAAAGAAGAAAGUUGGUGAUGCUAAUAAGGUUGAAAUUGAAGAUGUGGUUGAAACCGUAGAAGAAACUUCCAAAACCGAAGACCUCAAAAUAAAACGAAAUGAACGAGAGCUUGAGGAAAAGCUUCAUAAAGCAAAUGAAGAAGCUGAAAGGGAGAGGAAACAAAAAGAAGCAAAUGAUGCAUUGGAACGAAGGAAAUCUAUGUUUCCUCUGUGGAUGAUGGAAAAACUUCUGAAGGAGUUAAUUGAAUCUCCAAGCACACAUUGA